GUUGAUGUGGGUGGAGGCACAGGAACUAUGACUAAGGCUCUUGCUAAGGCGUUUCCACAAAUGGAGUGUGUUGUGUUUGAUCUUCCACAUGUUGUUCAUGGCUUGCAAGGAACUGGGAAUCUCAAAUAUGUUGGAGGUGAUAUGUUUGACUCAAUUCCUCCUUCAGAUGCCAUUUUCUUGAAGUUUAUAUUGCAUGACUGGAAUGAUGAGAAAUGUAUCAAAAUACUGAAGAACUGCAAAGAAGCAAUCACAAGAAGCAAAGGAAGAAAAGGAAAAGUUAUUGUCAUUGAUAUGGUAGUGGAUGAUGAAAAGAGUGAUGGAGAUAAUAAAUCAAUUGAAACCCAACUUUUCUUUGAUAUGUUGAUGAUGGUAGAAGUCAACGGAAAAGAGAGAAAUGAAAAAGAAUGGGCAAACUUAAUUUUCUCAGCUGGUUUUAGUAGCUACAAGAUAAACUUAUCAGCUUUGGGAUUAAGAUCUCUCAUUGAAAUCUUUCCAUAAAAAUGCAAGUAGCAAGAAGUGUUUUGUGAAAUAAUGGAGCAUCAUAUAUAAAGAUGCGUUUGAAUAAUGUAUUGUUUGUGAAAUUUGUUUAUUUUUCUCUAUUCAUAAAAUAAAAAAUUAAUGUAUUUGCUGUGCUUUCUUAAAAGGAAAUAAGAAAAACAUUUAUUUUCAUCUCC